AUUCGCCACCACCACUCUGGUAGAAUAUUGUGAGUGCUAUUGUCAUUUUUUGCUCUUGAUUUUUGUACAAGGCAUGGUUUUCCGGAGUAAAUUGAUUAGGAUACGAGAGAAAGAAAAAAGUUUCCCAUUAUUUAAAGAACAUCAAAAUCUAUCCAGUUAAUACUGUGAUCAGGGAAAAUGACGAUUUUAGUCCAACACAUAUUUUGCAAGACAUUUAUUAGUUUAACAGGGAUCAUUGUAUGUACAAUAAUAAUUUUUAAUGUAAUUACAAACAUCACUCCGACCGCAACGGAACAAAGCUAUACAGAGCGAUUUAUUAGUAAUGAAACUCAAGUACAGCCUGACAUACAGCCAAAAUCAAUAGAGGAAAACGAAGUUUCAUUUUGUAAAGAUGUUGCAUCUUCUCAGUUUGUUGGAAGAGUUCUGGUAUUGCGAUCACCAUCAACAAUUAAAGAAAUGGAACACCAAUUUGAUUGGCUUCAAGCAGGCGGACAUUGGCACCCUCCAAAUUGUAGAGCUAAACAAAAACUAGCAGUCAUAGUUCCUUUUCGAAACAGAGAAAUACAUUUAUCUGUGUUUCUUAGACACAUGCAUCCUUUUCUCAGACAGCAGCAACUGGAUUAUACUAUCUUCGUGAUAGAACAACAAGGAGAUAAGCCUUUCAACCGCGGAAUGUUGAUGAAUAUUGGCUUUGAGCAGGCGAUGUCGAUGGACCAAUUUGACUGCUUUAUUUUCCACGAUGUUGAUUUGUUGCCUGAGAAUAAUAGAAAUUUAUAUAUGUGCGGCAGUGUACCUAGACAUAUGAGCGUAGCUGUUGACGUACUUAGGUACCGAUUACCAUAUAAAAACAUAUUUGGAGGCGUUACAGCACUCACCACGCAACAUUUUAGUCUUGUAAAUGGCUUUUCAAACUCGUUUUGGGGAUGGGGAGGCGAGGAUGAUGAUAUUUUCAACCGAUUACAAGCUCAUAAGCUUGAUGUGACAAGAUAUAGCUCUGUAAUUGCUAGAUACAAAAUGCUGAGGCAUCAAAAAGCAAAACCAAAUCCACAAAGGUAUAAUCUCCUUAAAGAAGGAAAGAAAAAAUAUACAAUAGAUGGACUUAACUCUCUGCACUACAAAGUAUUACAGAAGCAGAAAAAAAUGCUUUAUACAUGGAUUUUGGUAGAUAUUAACACUAAAUGAACAUUUCACAAAAAAAUUUAUUCGUACGAACAAUAAUUGAAUUGGUUCAUAUUGGACUAUAUUUUACUCAAGUCUAAAGAAUAUAAUGUACCUACAUUAGAGUAUCAGCCCUAAUUUCGCAGAAACAGAACAAGAGAACUAGUUGUUUCUGACUUCCAGGCCUUCGAUAUUAUUUUUUUAUAAUAUAAGGUAAAUCCUGUAUAACAGUGAAUGUCAGAUGUGUUUUAACGAAGCUUUUAUAUAAAAUAAAAAAUAUUCAAAAAAUUG